AUGAGACAAGUUCGAUCGCAAGAGACAAAUGAGGACCGUGAGCACCGUUUAGCUUACAAUAGAGAACAAACUGCGGAAUCUCGGGCAUCAGAGUCCAGUUUUAAUAAUGAAACGCGCUUAGCUACAGAUCGCGAACGUCACGCGUUGUCUCGCGCUUCGGAAACAUUAACAAAUUACUCUCAGCGUUUAAAAGUAGACCGUGAACGUCAUAUCGAGUCUCGAGCUUUAGAGACGUUUACGGAGCAUUCAGAAAGGUUGACUGCAGACCGUGAACGUCAUGCUGAAAGUCGCGCUUCAGAAACGUUUACGCAAUAUUCAGACCGCUUGACAGCAGACCGUGAGCGUCAUGCUGAGUUUCGCGCUUCGGAAACAAUUACGGAGUGUUCAGAACGGUUGACUGCAGACCGUGAACGUCAUGCUGAGUCUCGCGCUUCAGAAACGUUUACUCAUUAUUCGGAACGCUUGACUGCAGACCGUGAGCGUCAUGCUGAGUCUCGCGCUUCAGAAACGUUUACUCAAUAUUCGGAACGCUUGACUGCAGAUCGUGAGCGUCAUGUCGAGUCUCGCGCUUCGGAAACAUUUACGGAGUGUUCAGAACGGUUGACUGCAGACCGUGAAAGUCAUGCUGAGUCUCGCGCUUCAGAAACGCUAACUCAAUAUUCGGAACGCUUGACUGCAGACCGGGAACGUCAUGCAAGAUCACGUGCUUCGGAAUCAUUUACUCAAUAUGAAGCGAGGUUAGCAGCAGAUAGGGAGAGCCGUUCGAAUACCAUUGAGGAUAAAGAAGACAUGGAGGAGAAUCAAGAUGGUCGAAAUUCUGAGCUAGUUAGUAUUGAUGAUAGGCCAGUUUCUGAUCUAACCCGCCCUUCAAGAAAAAGAAAUAUGAGAGGUCUGAAUUCACUUCUAGACAAAGCAAAAGUAGUGGUAAGCGAGCUCAACACAGAAUCAAUGAUCGAAAAAGAAGGCACAAACGAAUUCUAA